AACCAUUGACACUAGCUGUAAAAAUGGAUUUGAGUUUUAAUAGAUGCCCACAUUACAAAACUGACUACACUUCAAAAGUAUUGAUUUCACUGUAUUUUUGGAGCUCCUGACGUGAAAGGUGCUGUAUAUAAAUACAAGGCUUUCUUUCUCUUUCUCAGAAGGGCACUGUCUGGGCUGAUGGGGGAACCAGAACAUCUCAUUCAAACUGACACACAGGAAUUCCAUUCACUGCAGUGUGUGUCAACACUUUGAAAGUUGCGUAUUAGAACUAGCUGCAUCAAUUGUGCUCCCCUUGCCCCAGUUAGGAACCGUGGACUGCCCGUGUCAUAUUUUGGGGCGCUCUUGAGUUCAGGAUGUCCAGGCUUCGGCAGUUUGGUUUGCUCAUUUGGAAGAACUAUGUGUUGCAGAAACGCCAGGUGUUGGUUACCAUCGUUGAGAUAAGCCUGCCACUUAUAUUUGCUGCAAUUCUUAUAACUCUAAGACAGCGAGUUAGUUCCGUGCAGCAUCCGAAUGCAACCAUAUAUCCCUCCUUUCAUAUUGAUAAUAUUCCAUAUUUCCCCCAACACCCUAUAGCCAGUUGGAGUAUGGUUUACAUUCCAUCCGACGUGACUGCGGUGGAGAGCAUUGCAAAGAUGGUGAAGAACAGUCUGCAGGGGAUAGUUAAACUUAUAGGUUUCCAAACAGAAGCUCAAUUUAAUCAUUUUGUAAGAUCGGAAAACGAGUCCACAGGGAAUAUUCUGGCAGCUCUUGUAAUCAACCAUGACUUUAAGCACCGAGAUGAGCGUUUACCAUUGCAGGUAAACUACCACCUAAGGUUUAGAUACAGCCCUCUAAACGCACCCCUUGGGCAACUAAGUUCUCUCGAUCCAAACCGAGAUAGGGACUGGCACACUCAGUUCCUUUUCCCACUGUUCCAGGUACCUGGGCCUCGUGAGCCGUACUUCAAGGACGGAGGCAGUCCAGGUUAUUACCGUGAGGGCUUCCUGGCAAUACAGCUCGCAACAGACACAGCCAUUAUCAAGUAUCAUGCCAGCAGAGCAGCAGCCAUGCUACUUCCAUUGUUUACGGUAGAAAUGUUGCGGUUCCCCUUCCCCCCCUACAAUGAUGACAUCUUCAUUUUGGCAAUACAAACACAGCUUUCACUGCUGGUAAUGCUGAGCUUCACCUACACGGCACUCAAUGUCACCAAAGCAAUUGUAUUGGAAAAGGAAACCAAACAAAAGGAGUACAUGAAGAUGAUGGGUCUCAACAACUGGCUGCAUUGGAUGGCCUGGUUCUUCAAGUUCUUGCUUUUUCUCAUCAUUUCAGUAUUUUUCAUGACUCUACUGUUUUGUGUGAAGGUGUCUGGACGCGGAGCAGUGCUGAACCACAGUGACCCCACCCUAGUAUUUGCGUUUCUCCUGAUGUUUGCGAUGUCCACGAUUUCAUUCAGCUUCAUGGUCAGCGUCUUCUUUUCCCAAGCCAACAUAGCGGCUGCAGCUUGUGGAUUCAUGUACUUCUUUUCAUAUAUCCCCUACUUCUUCAUUGCACCACGUUACCGCAUGAUGACAACCACUCAGAAAGUGGCAUCAUGCUUGAUCUCGAAUGUUGGAAUGGCACUGGGAUGCCAAGUAAUUGGCAUGUUCGAAGGGAAAGGUAUGGGUGUCCAGUGGUCAAACUUAAACUUGCCGGUCAAUGUGGAUGACGGUUUCACAAUUGCCCACUCAAUGGCAAUGAUGUUAUUUGAUUCACUCGGUUAUGGUUUGGUUACUUGGUAUGUGGAAGCUGUCUUCCCUGGGGAAUAUGGAAUGCCGCAGGUCUGGUACUUUUUCAUCUUGCCUUCGUACUGGCUUGGGAAGCCGAGAUCUGAAUACAUCAAAGUCGUCAAAGAGGAUGAGGAAGCAGAUAAAGCCCUAAACACUGAAUACAUGGAGGAUGACCCAUUGGGUGUUGAAGCUGGCAUCAAAAUCAAAGACUUGACCAAGGUGUUUAAAGUUGGAAACCAAAUGAAGAAAGCAGUUUCCUGUCUGACCAUGAACUUAUACAAGGGGCAAAUCUCAGUAUUGCUGGGGCACAAUGGGGCAGGAAAAACCACUACUCUGUCCAUGCUCACCGGUCUGUUUCCGCCUACAAGUGGCACUGCAAGCAUUAAUGGGUAUGACGUCUGUCAAGACAUGCCACUGAUUCGCCGAAGUCUGGGACUCUGUCCGCAGCAUGAUGUCCUGUAUGAUGACCUGACUGUGGAAGAACAUCUGUUGUUUUUUAGUGGGCUAAAAGGCUGCCAGGCUGGUAAGAUCCGUGAAGAAGUAAACCAGAUGUUAAGAAUGCUGAAGUUCGAGGACAAACGAAAAGCCAGGACCAAGACUUUGUCUGGAGGAAUGAAACGCAAGCUCUCAAUUGGAAUUUCUCUCAUUGGCAGCUCCAAGGUUGUCAUGUUGGAUGAACCAACGUCUGGUAUGGAUCCACUGUCUCGCAGGGCUGCCUGGGACCUUCUACUGCAUCAGAAGUAUGGCCGCACUAUCCUGUUAACCACUCAUUUUAUGGAUGAAGCUGAUCUCCUUGGAGAUCGUAUUCUGAUCAUGGCCAAUGGGCAGCUUCAAUGCUGUGGAUCUUCACUGUUUCUCAAGAACAAGUAUGGGGCCGGGUACCACAUGGUGAUCGUGAAAGAGCCUCAUUGUAAAAUCGCUGCCGUUACUGAUCUUGUGAAGAGCUAUGUGCCCAAAGCAGCCCUGCAAACCACUGCUGGUGCAGAACUCUCCUACAUCCUCCCGAAUGAAAGUACUGACAGGUUUGAAGCCCUUUUCUCGGAACUGGAAAAGAAGAAGAAGGUGCUGGGAAUCGCCAGUUAUGGAGCCUCAGUCACUACCAUGGAGGAGGUAUUUUUGAGGGUGGGGAAGCUGGUGGACCCCAGCAUGGACUUACAGGCAAUCCAGUUGCCAGCAAUCCAAUACCAACAUGAGCGUAGGACAGGUGACUGGUCAACUGGGGAGAAAACCAGCUUGAGUGACCUGAUGGAUGCUACAGAUGACAGUGACCAUGAUCAUCUCAUUGACUACUCUUCUAUCAAACUGAACACAGGGGUCAUCCUGUAUUUGCAGCAGUUCUAUGCCAUGCUCAUGAAGCGAGCAACAUAUACCUGGCGGAACUGGAAGGUGUUUACAGCCCAGUUUAUGGUCCCGCUGAUUUUUGCCUGCUUUGCAUUGAUUGUCGCCAAGACAUUUCCAGGACCCCAGGAUUCACCUCCGCUAAAUCUGACUUUGGAAAAGUACGGGUCUACCAUUGUCCCUUACUCAUUGAGACCCAACUCCCGGACCCAGACUAAAGAUUUGGCUCUGAGCUACAGAGAGGUGUUACAAGAACAGCUCGGCAUCCCAAGACAGAUCGAGGGUGAUAUUAUUGAUUAUCUGUUGAAUUCUUCAAUUAAGGAAGGAGCAACCUUUAAUGAACAAUGUUUGGUAGCUGCUGAUUUCCAUGACACACCAACAUCUCAAACCAGGAUAAGGAUUUUAUUCAAUAACUUGGGCUACCAUACUUCUGCUACUUCCCUGAUGUUAGUGGACAAUGCCUUAUUCAAAAUGCUGGUGGGACCAAGCGCUUCAAUCAGUACCACCAACUACCCACAGCCCCGCAACAUUACAGAGCAAGCAAUAGACCAACUGAAUGAGAAUCGGACAGGAUUUGCUUUAGCCUUCAACUUGAUGUAUGGCAUGGCAUUUCUGGUCAGCACCUUCACUCUGUUGUUGGUGGCUGAGAGAACCAUAAGAUCCAAGCACAUUCAACUCACCAGUGGCCUUCAUAUCAUCAACUACUGGAUGUCUGCUCUCCUCUGGGAUUUGAUUAACUACUUCAUCCCGUGUAUCGCAAUCCUAGUGAUAUUCCAGAUCUUUGAGCUGCAACCUUUCACUGUGCAGGAACAUCUGGGAGAUGUGUUGAUACUUCUGCUCCUUCAUGGCUGGUCUAUUAUCCCUGUCAUGUACCUCUUCCACUACUUUUACUCUGUGAUUGCUACAGCUUACAUCAGGACCACCAUAGCCAACAUCCUGACUGGCACUGCUAGCUUCUUGGCCAUCACCAUCAUGAACAUUCCAGAGCUUGGUCUGACAGACCUAGCAAAGAUUCUGGAUGGAGUGUUUCUCAUUUUACCCAAUUACUGCUUGGGACAGGCCUUGAAUGAUUUUUACCAGAACUACCAAUUGAUCGCAGUGUGCACCACGAGCCCAGUUGCUGAAUAUCUGUGUAAGGCAUUCAACAUCACCUACCAGAUUAAUUACUUAUCCUGGGAAUCUCCUGGAGUUGGCCGUUUCAUUGUUGCCCUGGCAGCCCAGGGCUUGGCAUUCCUGACUCUUCUCUUCCUUAUUGAGUUCAGUGUCUUCAAAAAGUUAUACAAUUAUUUCCAUUAUAUGACCUGGAGAAAGAAAACGGCUUCAUUGUCGAUAGGCAGGAUCCCACAUCUCAUUGAAGAUUCUGAUGUCAUGGAGGAGCGUUUGAAGAUCGAGGAGACACCAAUUUCCCAAAUAGACAGCCCGUUGGUGAUAAAGGAGCUCUCCAAGAUUUAUCACAAAGAGUCAGUUUUUGCUGUGAACAAGAUUUCUUUAGCUGUAAAUAAAGGGGAAUGUUUUGGAUUGUUGGGGUUUAAUGGAGCUGGAAAAUCAACCACCUUCAAGAUGUUGACUGGUGAUGAGAAGAUAAGUGGGGGAAAUGCCUAUGUCAAAGGUUACAGCAUCCUGAAAGACAAAAAAAGGGUGCGGCAGAACAUUGGUUACUGUCCCCAGUUUGAUGCUCUUCUUGGUCACAUGACAGGGCGGGAAACUCUAUUUAUGUAUGCACGAUUACGGGGCAUUCCUGAGCAUGCCAUUACCCAGUGUGUGGAUGAUGUGAUGCAGAGUCUCUUGCUCGAACCUUACGCCCAGAAGCUGGUACGGACAUACAGUGGUGGAAAUAAGAGGAAGUUGAGUGCCGCAGUGGCGAUGACCGGAAACCCUGUUGUCAUCUUCCUGGAUGAACCUUCCACCGGCAUGGAUCCCGUUUCCAGGAGACUCUUAUGGGAUGCAAUGACCAGAUUUCUACACAACGGGAAGUCUAUUGUCAUCACUUCUCACAGUAUGGAGGAGUGUGAGGCACUCUGCACCAGGCUGGCUGUGAUGGUCAACGGUCAGUUCAAGUGCCUCGGGAGUCCCCAGCACCUCAAGAGUAAAUUUGGCAGCGGAUAUACGUUACUGGUCAAAAUCCACGGGGAUAAACCUGAUCUCAAGCCUUUCAAGAACUUUAUUGAAACAUCAUUUGAAGGCAGUAUUGUAAAAGAUGAGCAUCAUGGAAUGGUGCAUUACCACUUAACCAGCCAAGACUUGACAUGGCCUCAGAUUUUCGGCACACUAGAAAGGGCCAAGGAGGAAUACAAUAUCAAGGAUUAUUCGGUCAACCAGAUCUCCCUCGAGCAGGUGUUCCUCAGCUUUGCUCAAUUCCAGUUACAUACAGCAGAAAGACCAGAUUAGCACUGAUCAAACUGAGCUCCUGUACUAGUCCCUGACCAUGAACUCACAGGAGGUGGGUUACACGUACAGGAGUAUUUCUAUAUGGGGUGGGGGAAACAAUGUAUGAGAAAUGAAAAUCCAGAGUAAAGUUAAUACUGAUUAAAGCUGAGAGGCCCGAACUGUGCUGGAGCUGGGUGGGUUCAGCACGUGCUGGAGCUGGGCGGGUUCAGAAAUGUGCUGGAAUUAAGGCCUCCAACUCUCAGGUCAUGACUAGGCAGAGCUACAAUACUCAGUCAGGGUAAGAAAUGGCUGCAGGCCUGGAGUCCUUGGUGUUCCAUACUAGUUUUGCUAAAUGUGAGUGGGAUUAUAUUACACUUGAGAUAAACCCAUUUAUCCAAUUGUCUUGUCCAAGACAAAACAUCAUAAAAUCAUCAGAGCAAACAUGGCUUAUGAAUUGAUCCAUAUACACCCAUGCCCCAUGUAUCAUGCAGUUGGAUCUUUCUGUUCCCUGAUUCUCUCUUGAGGAUCAAGUUACAGUUGUUCCUGUUAUAAAACUGGAGCCCUCUGCAUUCAGGUCUGAAUUCUGGUCCUGCCCCAGCUAUAACACAGGGCUGGCCUCAUACCAGAUAAUAGCUUGUUACUAGUAGUGAUCCUAGAGUUGUGGUCUUUAUUAAUAAUGAUCCUGCUCAAGUUGUGGAUCGUUAGUCAAGACCAAUAUACUGAAAGAAAAAGAACAAUACUAAAGAUGCUGGAAAUCAGAAAUAACAGUGAAUGCUGGAACUACCCAACAGGUCAGGCAGCAUCUGCGGAGAGAGAAACAGAGUUAAUAUUUCAGAUUGAUGGCAUUUUGUCAGAAGUGAAAACAUUGGAACAUAGGACUUAAGAGCAGGAGUGUGCCAUUCAACCCUUCGAGCCUGCUCCACUGUUCAAUAAGAUCAUGGCUGAUCUGGUUGUGGUCUCAAUUUCACUUUCCUGUCUGCCCUUCACAGCUCAUGACUCCCUUAUCUAUCAAACUCUGCCUUGAAUAAAUUCAAUAACCUAGCCUCCACUACUAUCUUGUCUAUGUUGUUGGUACCAACAUGGACCAUGACAACCCUGAAUCCUCCCUCCCAUCGUCCCCUCCCCUGCAAGUUCCCCUCCAGUCCCAAGCAUAUGUCCAAAACCCUGGCACUGGGCAGGCAAAACAGCCAUCUGGACUCUCUCAGCUACAGAGAAUUGUGUCAAUCCCCUACUAUACUGUCCCCUACUACCAUUACAUUCCUAUUAACUUCCCCCUCUUGAAAGGCUUCCUGUACCAUGGUACCAAGGUCAGUUCACUCAUCCACACUGCAGUCCUGCUUUCAUCCCCACAAGCUCUGAGAACCUCAAACCUAUUGGACAAUUGCAAGGGCUGAGGUUCCUCUACUUCUGCCUCACUUGCAGUCACACCCUUCUUGCCCUGACCACUGACCAAAUCAGAAGACCCUAACCUAUGGGGUGUGACCGCCUCCUGGAACAAAGUGUCCAGGUAACUUUCCCCCUCCGUCAGUGUCUGAAGCUCGGCCUCCAAUGACUCUGAGCUGAAGCUGCUGGCACUUAAUACAGACAUGUUUUCCCUGGAUCACACUGGUAUCCAGGAAUUUCCACAUUCUGCAGUUGCAACACAUCACUUGCCUUGCCAUCUUUAUUACAUGUUAAUUACUCUGUUAUUACUUAAUUUAUAAUUAAUAAACCCUACUACUCCCAAUGAGCUUUACUAUUAGUAAACCUUACUAUGACUAAUGAAACCUUACAAUUACUAAUAAGUUACACGAGCUUCAAAAGAUAAGUGAGCAAAAUAUUCACCAACCAAUCACUUACCUCCUUCCCUCCUCCCUCAGUGCACCAAAUUUCCUCACUCACCAAAUUCCCAAAAUCCAACAGGCUUUAAGCUAACACAGAGGCAGGGAAAUAAGGGAGCAGACACUGUCAAGAUAGACCCACCAGAGAUGAUGGCACAGUGGUAUACAAUCAGGAGGGAGUAGCCCUGGGAGUCCUCAACAUUGACUCCGGCCCCCAUGAAGUCUCAUAGCAUCAGGUCAAACAUGGAUUAGUUACCAACUAUCUGCUUUAUCCUCCCCAAAUCCCACCAGCCAACCACUCCUCCUCAUGAAUCAAUGCCCCUCCAUGUUGAACACCAUUUGGAAGAGGUACUAGGGGUGACAAUAGCACAAAAUGUACUCUUGGUCUAUCAUCACUACUGGCUGAGCCCUAAUGGAUAUGCUGCUAGACUGGGUCUGUGGCAGAUGGUGAGGGAGCCAUAAGAGGGAAAAACCUACUUGACCUCCAUGCUCACCAGUCUACCUGUCGCAGGCGCAUCUGUCCAUGGUAGGAGUGACCACUGCACAGUCCUUGUGGAGACGAAUUCCAGCCUUCAGAUUGAAGAUACCCACCAUUGUCUUGUGUGGCACUACCACUGUGUUAAAUGGCAUAGAUUUUGAACAGGUCUAGCAACUCAAAAACUGGGCAUCAAUGAGGCGCUGUGCGCCACCAGCAGCAGCAGAAUUAUAUACAACCACAGUC